AUGUGGGACACCCAAAGGAUUGCUGCAAUUUUCACCCAACCACAAGCGGAAAUGAUCCUAAAAAUUCCCCUACCAACUCAAGCCAGAGAAGAUCAGCUCAUGUGGAAUCAAUCAAAGCAGGGGAACUACACGGUCAAGUCGGGGCACCACUCAACUCUCUUUAACACCGAUGAGGCCUCCACCUCCAAUCCAAAUACCAGCUAUAUCUGGCCCACCAUUUGGGAAGUGAACACUCAACCGCGCUGCAAAGAAUUUAUGUGGAGAGCAGCCCAGAACGCACAACCAGUGAAGGUGAAACUCCAACAGAGAGGUAUCUCCACUGAUCUUAUUUGUCCCCUCUGCGGUGAAGAUCAAGAACCAGCCUGCCAUGUUAUCCUUACUUGCCAUGAGGUUAGAGCCAUUUGGUUUCUAUCCCCGCUUAGGCUAGUAGAAGGCAUGGACUUCAAAGCUUGGCUAGAGCACUUGCUAUCUAACCUCCCUGAAUCUGGACAAAAGUGGCUUUUUUCUUUGGCAUGGGCCAUCUGGAAAAGAAGAAAUAUGUGGGUCUUUGACGAAAAGAAGUUGCCACCUGACCAAGUGAUCCUCCAAGCUUCCAGAAUGGUGAUACCAGAAGCUGAACCAAAAGAGCGCCAAUAG